GGCAGGGCCGGCGGCGGAGGCGCGGUGCUCGCGCGCGUUCAGAUUCGCGGGGCCUUGUGGGGCGGUGGGCGGCACUUCCGGCGGCGCGGUGUGAGCCGGCGGGCGGCACUUCCGGCGGCGAUGCGGGUGAAGGUGCGGAGCUGGAGCGGCGUCGCCUCUUGGCUGUGGGUGGCGAACGACGAAAACUGCGGUAUCUGCCGCAUGGCCUUCAACGGCUGCUGCCCCGACUGCAAAGUGCCCGGGGACGACUGCCCGCUGGUGUGGGGACAGUGCUCGCAUUGCUUCCACAUGCACUGCAUCCUGAAGUGGCUGCACUCGCAGCAGGUGCAGCAGCACUGCCCCAUGUGCCGCCAGGAGUGGAAGUUCAAGGAGUGAUCCCCUCCGCCCCCGUCCGCCGCUCCUCUCCCGGCUCCGUGGGCGGAGAGCGGCGGUUUCCCUCGGGCUGUGCGGCGGGGGCGGGCGCGGCCAUAAAGAGGCGGCGGC